AUGUGGUGUGAGAAGAAGCUGAAUCACUUGCUGAGAAAGGUUCAUGUUACACUUUCUUCAUCCCAAGAAGAGAUCUAUAUUAACAAGGAGGGAGAAGCUCCGGGACAAUAUGAUCUCACAAACUGGGUCAUGUUCCCUGAUCGCAGAACCAACGAACUGAAUGUGAUCACAGUGGGAAGGUACAACACGUCGAACCCCAAUCAGCUGAUUUUCAAUGACAGAGCCAUUGUUUGGUACCCGAAUGAUACAGAGAUCCCAAUCUCCGUGUGCAGUGACAGCUGUAUCCCAGGGUACCGGAAAGUUUCCCGGGAAGUAGAGUUUUCCUGCUGUUAUGACUGUGUGCCCUGCGCAGAGGGACACAUCUCCAACACAACAGAUAUGGAAACGUGUAUCCAAUGCCCAGAAGAUCAGUGGCCCAAUGACAAGAGAACUAUUUGCAUCCAGAAAAUAACAGAAUUCCUUUCAUAUGAGGAUCCCUUGGGACAGUCUCUGGCUGCAGUCUCGGUUCUCUCCUCUCUUACUGUCAUUUCAGUUCUGCUGAUUUUCAUCAAAUAUCACAAAACUCCUGUGGUCAAGGCCAAUAACCAAACCCUGAGCUACUCCCUCCUCCUCUCCCUCACACUGUCCUUCCUCUGCUGCUUCUUGUUCAUUGGGCGCCCUCAGAAAGUGACCUGCCUGCUCAGACAAGUUACAUUUGGGAUCAACUUUACACUUUCUGUCUCUUGUGUCCUGGCUAAAACUGUCACAGUUGCCAUUGCCUUUAAUGCCACAAAGCCGGGAAGCAAGAUAAAGAAAUGGGUGGGAACAAGAGUGUCCCUCUGCCUGGUCCUUCUCUGCUCUCUGCUCCAGGUUGGGAUAUGCCUGGUCUGGCUGAUCUCCUCCCCACCAUUCCCAGACUAUGACACUCACACUUACACUGGGAAGAUGAUAUUACAAUGUAAUGAAGGCUCUGUCUCUGCAUUCUACACUGUGAUUGGUUACAUGGGGUUCCUGUCGGGAUUAAGUUUCAUUGUUGCUUUCCUGGUUAGGAAGUUACCAGCCAGUUUCAAUGAGGCCCAGCUGAUCACUUUCAGCAUGCUGGUGUUCUGCAGUGUUUGGGUGUCCUUCAUCCCAGCGUACCUGAGCACCAAGGGCAAAUACAUGGUGGCUGUGGAGAUCUUCGCUAUCCUGGCUUCCAGUGCAGGGCUGCUGGGCUGUAUCUUCAUUCCCAAGUGCUACAUUAUCCUCUUCCGCCCUGAGCAGAACACCCGCCGGGGCCUUACUGGCAAACACUUACAGUGAAUUAUUGCUAACCUUCAGGAUUCUCAGUAGCACACUCAUGAUUAUUUUGAUUUAUUUUCGUUCAUCUUUUUGGUCUUUGUUCCUUUCAUCCCUUCCCUUCAAUUCUUCUAUAUUCUGAACAUUAUCAUGUCCCACCCUGAGCAGAACACCAGGAGGAGACACCUCACUAGGA